ACAUGAAAGAAAAAGAUGAAGCUCCAGUGUACCCUUUUUCUACUAGUCUCUCAACCCAAUGGCAAUGGCCACGCGUCACCUGACCUCUUUUUCCCCAUUUACAACUCUCUCGAAACGACCUCUUUUUCCCUCUCCACUUGAUCUUUUUUCCACAUUUCCUCUUUCAUCUUCUCUCAGAUUCUCUUCUACCUCUGCUUCUAUGUCAGCCAUGGCUAUCGAUGCUAAAAAGGUGUUAGUACCAAUAGCAAAUGAAACAGAACCUAUGGAAGCUGUGAUCACCAUUGAUGUCUUGAGAAGAGCUGGAGCUGAUGUGACUGCAGCAUCUGUCGAGAAGGAGCUCCAGGUUGAUGCUUGUCAUGGAAUGAAGAUUGUUGCUGAUGCAUUGAUAAAUGACUGCAGUGAGACUGUUUUUGAUCUGAUUUCUCUACCUGGGGGCAUGCCAGGUGCUGCUGCUUUGAAAGAUUCUGCAACCUUAAGAAGCAUGGUGGAAAAGCAGGCUGCAGAUGGUCGUCUUCAUGCGGCAAUCUGUGCUGCCCCAGCUGUUGCCUUGGGUUCUUGGGGCUUGCUUAAAGGUGUAAAGGCUACGUGUUACCCUUCUUUUAUGGAGCAAUUGUCAUCUUCGGCAACUGCAGUUGAAUCAAGGGUUCAACAGGAUGGUAAAGUUGUUACAAGUCGAGGACCGGGUACUGCUAUGGAAUUCUCGGUGGCUCUAGUUGAGCAAUUAUAUGGGAAGCAGAAAGCUGAUGAAGUUGCUGGCCCACUGAUAAUGCCACCGAACAUUGGAGGUGAAUUUCUAUUCAGGGAGCUGAAUUCAACACACUGGACAUUUGAUGAUGGUCCAAAGAUUCUGGUACCUAUAGCUGAUGGUUCGGAGGAAAUGGAGGCUGUCAUAAUUAUUGAUGUCUUAAGGCGAGCUAAAGCAAAAGUUGUGGUAGCCUCUGUUGGAGAAAAGCUAGAGAUAUUGGCUUCUCGGAAAGUGAAACUUGUGGCGGAUGUACUUCUUGAUGAGGCUGCAAAGUCCUCCUAUGAUCUCAUUGUCCUGCCGGGUGGACUCGGUGGCGCACAAGCAUUUGCAGCCUCAGAGAAGUUGAUUGAGAUGCUGAAGAAACAGAGGGAAUCAAACAAACCUUAUGGAGCAAUAUGUGCAUCCCCAGCUCUAGUCCUUGAACCUCUUGGCUUGCUUGAGGGCAAGAAGGCAACAGCGUUCCCUGCUAUGUGCAAUAAGCUAUCGGAUCAGAGUGAAAUAGAAAACAGGGUUGUUGUUGAUGGAAAUCUUAUUACUAGUAGAGGUCCAGGCACCAGCAUGGAGUUUGCACUUGCAAUUGUCGAGAAGUUUCUUGGUCGUGACAAAGCUCUCGAACUUGCAAAGACAAUGUUGUUUGUUCAUCCAUAAACCUUUUUUGCGUUUUGUAGCCGAAUAAGUUGCCAUUAUCUAGUGGGUUAUGAAUGUGUCGAGUUAAGCGGGAACUAUCAAUGUAAUGUGGUAACCGGUUUUCGUUCGUUUUAAGAUGUAGUUUCAAUUUUGAAUUAUGCCAUGCCGUAUAAUGUGGAGAUAAAUUUGUUAUGAUUCAUGAUUAAUCGAGGAUAAUUAGGAUCGA